AUGCAGUUGUAUUUUUCAGCUUGUAUGAACAAACUGAACCCAGGGGUCUGCUGUUCCUAUGGUGAUGAUGCUCCUGAAGAGAACACAGUAAAAGAUGAGAAAAAUAUUCAAGAGGUGUUUGACCUGAGUGACUAUGACAAGUGUGAAGAGCUCCGGAAAUCUAAGAGCAGGAGCAAGAAAAAUCACAGCAAGUUUACUCUUGCCCACUCCAAACAACCCGGUAACACGGCACCCAACCUGAUCUUCCUGGCAGUGAGUCCAGAAGAGAAGGAAUCAUGGAUCAAUGCCCUCAACUCUGCCAUCAUCCGAGCCAAGAACCGCAUCUUGGAUGAGGUCACCGUUGAAGAGGACAGCUAUCUAGCCCACCCAACUCGAGACAGGGCAAAAAUCCAACACUCUCGCCGCCCCCCAACUCGGGGACACCUAAUGGCCGUGGCUGCGACCUCUACCUCAGAUGGGAUGCUGACCUUGGACCUGAUCCAAGAGGAAGACCCUUCCCCUGAGGAACCAACCUCUUGUGCUGAGAGCUUUCGGGUAGACCUGGACAAGUCUGUGGCCCAGCUUGCAGGCAGUCGGCGGAGAGCAGACUCUGACCAUGUCCAGCCCUCCUCAGACCGGGGAGGCAUCUUUCCCCGACCUUGGGAAAAGCUGGAUAAGGGGGCCACCUACACCCCCCAGGCACCCAAGAAGUUGACCCCCACAGAGAAAGGCCGCUGCGCCUCUCUAGAGGAGAUCCUAUCUCAGCGGGACGCUGCCCCAGCCCGCACCCUCCACCUUCAGGCCAAGGAUCCCCCAACCCCCAUCCCACCCCACCCGGGGCAGCUGUCCCGGAUCCAGGACCUGGUAGCAAGGAAACUGGAGAAGACUCAGGAGCUGCUGGCAGAAGUUCAGGGACUGGGAGAUGGGAAGCGAAAGGCCAAGGACCCCCCUCAGUCUCUGCCCAAUUCUGAGUCAGAGCAGCUGCUGCUGGAGACAGAGCGGCUGCUGGGAGAGGCGUCAUCAAAUUGGAGCCAGGCGAAGAGGGUGCUGCAGGAAGUCAGGGAGCUGAGGGACCUGUACAGACAGAUGGACCUGCAACCCCCUGACUCCCACCUCAGACAGACCACCCAGCACAGUCAGUACCGGAAGAGCCUGAUGUGAAGAAGAGGACAAGGUCUGGAACUUGUGGGGGGUGUGGACAGACUCUCACCUGCAAGUGUUGCAGGAUAAAGUUUUUUUAUUUACCUCAAUCAAAAAAAGAGAACAAAAACACAAACUCACUGCUCUUGCUGUUGCCUGACCCCCGGGGCUACAACCCUUCUUUCCCAGCCUACUUUCCUUACUCACCCCCUCCCUCAGACUUGAGGAAGAGGUGACCCCUACAGCAGUAUUAAGAAGCUUUCACCUGGACAGAAAGAGAGAAAUGGUAAUAAAGACACAACCUGACCAUUUUACACACAUCACCUGCCUCCAAGAUAUAGCAAGGAAUAUAUUGCUAUUCCUAAGUACAUGUGGAGGCUUCUAAGUUUAGAGGGGAGGGUGAAGGGAGGAGGUUUUCUCUUAUGUCCCAUUCCAGGUUUUCAAUCUGAGGGCAAAAUUUCACCUGCCCAACUCUAGUUCUAGGGAUGUGAAGGCCAGUGCCACCUGUCCGUGUACACAGGAGAAGUGAAAUUUAUCCCAGGCCUGAGGAGUAUUUGUGGAAUUAAAAUCUCCCCAGCCAGACACUGGCUUCUCACUCAUAGCAGUCUCUAAUUGAGAUUGAGCUGCAAGGUUUUCUUAUUUGAGAUGUUUCUUCCUUUUGUCUCCCACACUUUUCCCAACAUCAAUUCAAAGAUAUAACCUUGGAUGACUAGGACUGGUUUGGUCAUUUGACUGGGUUGGGGGGCCUAGCACAGGGGCACUAGAUACAGCUGACCCCCUGGAAGAACUGAGUUAAGAAUGAAACUGAUAUGUGAUGCAAGCUGGGUAGGAUGAAGGGGAAAACCAAAUGUGUCCAGGUUCCUCUUUCAGCCAACCUAGGGUUUCCUGUCACCUCUCCCCGUCCUUCCUCAAACAUCUCUUCCAGCACUCAUCAAGCCCUAACUUUAGAAAAACAUGUUUAUUCUCACACCACCACCUUCCUAACUGCCUGUGGAGCUGCCAAGACCCCUUGCGUUCUUGUCUGUGGUCAGUCCUACACAAUUCACUUUGCUGCUUUCCUCCAAAGUUUCUAAGAUCAAGGCUAAUAAUAGGGAAGAUGUGAAUGAUUUGGGGAAAUAGGGGGGCAGAGAGCUUCAUGAAUCAAGUAAAUGAGGGGUUUUUAAAAAAACACUUUGAAGUGUUCCCCUUGCUAGCUUCUUGAUCCUCUUCCCUAGAGCUCCUCUCACCUCCAGGAACCAAAACAUAGACUUCACUAGGGGUGAGACAGGAGAAGGGGAAGGAAAUGGGGACAAAUUGUGUGCAGAUCCUAAUGUUAGGAAGAUGGGGUAGGAGAGAAAGAAGGAAAAUCCUUUGGCCAAAACACAGACCUUUCAUUUCCCAUUCUCUGACAUUACUCUCACAACUCACAUGAGCAAGAUGAGGCAAUCUCUCCAAGUUAAACCACCUCUAGGGAAGAGGGAUUCUUGCUCUUUUAAGGUCUCUCACCGCUCACUGUCAUGAAGAUUUUUCCUCGAUCUAGCCCGCGGUCACCUAAGCUAGUCUCUUCCCUGAGGAACAAGUGUUCAUCAUGAGUGAGGGGAAGUACACAAGAGUGCCACCUUAGUGUCAUUCCCAGGCUCUCCAAGGUAUGAGGUGAAAGAACCUAGGUCUCCAGACUUCCCGUCCUCCCAACAGGCUUCACUCUCCAAAACAAAGCAUAGUCAGCAGAGCUGUCCAUUGUCACAAAUAUUGAAAGUCUGAGUUAAAAUUAUACUUUAUUUUUGUAAUCUC